CUUUGCUACGUCUCAGCAACCCAAUUACAUUGUUACAUCGCAACACGGCUAUAUGGUUACGCCUCGCCAACACGUACCCUUCGCUCCGACUCAUCAAAGUGGUAACAUUGCUACGAUUCAGCACUACAAUAACGUUGUUACAUCACAGCAAGAUAAUUAUGUUUCAACGUCACGGAAUUACGUAAGCAAAAGUAGGUCAAAUGUAAAUGUAGGUCGGAAAGUUCUCAAGAUUUCGCAACCCAACGCAACAACGACACGAAGUCAACUGCGAAGAAAAAUAUAAUAAUUUUAAUCAUUCUUUUGGAAACAUGAACGAAAUUAUAGCUCUUGUUCCUGAAUUUAAUCCAUCGUCCGUAAAAUCAUUGGAUUCGCAUCAGUUUGUUAAACGUGUGGAAACUCUGAAAAACGCAUAUAACUGGGACGACAGAAAGGUAAUUUUUGCAGUUCAACAAAAGAUGCAAGGUGCAGCUCGUUACUGGGUGGAUGCAACAGAUGAAAUAUUUCAAACAUGGCCAGAAUUUGUUUCGAAAUUUCUAUACGACUUCCCAUGUAUCAGCAACGCAGCUGAUGUUCAUUUAAAAAUGCUGAAAACCAAACGGGAAACAACGGAAUCACCACAAGAUUAUUUUUAUAAAAUGCUAGCUAUUGGUAAAAAGGCUUUCAAAAUAAACGUGAGCCCAACGGUAAUACGCAGAAGUCAAGUCAAUCCGUAAUAAAACGGAUAUCCAAAGAAAAGAUAGAGCCGUCAAUCAAAUGCUUUAAUUGUCAAAAGAUGGGACAUUAUUCCUCAGAUUGUCCU